GCGUUUCUUGCGCAUCUGGCAGCAGGUUUCGGUUGGGCUCAGACGCUCAGAGGGCGCUUACUUCGUUCCAAGAUGUCGUCCCGCAUUUAUCCGCUGUACGUCAAAGGCAAUCCGCAGCUGCGGAUCUUCCUGCCAAACUUCUGGAUGAAGCUGGUGAAGCAUGACAAGCCACUCCCUCCCAACGAGGUCAAGUUCAUAGUACCUCUCCAGAUGACAAAGUACGACGUCAAAAACUACCUGGAGAAGAUCUACAAUGUGCCUGUGGCAGACGUCAGGACCGCCGUAAAGCAAGGUAAAAUAAGGAAAGCAGAGGGAAAGACAUACCUAGUCAAGGAUGAUGACUAUCGAGUUGCAUUCGUAACUCUGCCCAAGGGCGAGACGUUCACCUUCCCAGAUCUCUUCAGCAAACCGGUGAAUGUUGAAAAGGAGAAGGCCAUCACAAAGCAAAUGGAACAGGCUGAAGAUUUGAAGAAGCUGUACAUCCGCAAGGACCCGCACAGGGAGGGCCUGCCCAACUGGUUCGGCCUCUGACCACGGACUGUGUUUCGGUCGUUAUGGUGCUGAACAGUCGAGUUGUACUAUAGAAGUUUUUAGAAUAUAUUCUUUUGUUGAAACUUGCGCA